AGGCGGGCAGGCAGCAUCCCGGCUCAUCCCGGCGCUUCCCGACUCAUCCCGGCGCUUCCCGGAGCAUCCCGGUGCGCGCUGCAGCUCCCAGCCGGGGACUGGCUGCAGCCGAGGCAGCAAGAUGACACUGUGGAAUGGCUCCUACCCCUUCUACCCUGGAGCCAAUGCCUGCUUCCCCUUUGACACCACCCGGGCUGUCAUUGUCACCAUAUUCCUCUCCAUGCUGGUCACAUCCAUCAUCAUCCUGCCAGGGAUCCGGGGCAGGGGGAGACUCUUCUGGUUCCUGCGGCUGGUGUUGGGACUCUUCAUGGGAGCAGUGAUCCUCACUGUCCAGUUCACAGGGGACUGGGAGACUGGCUGGGUGCAGGCAAACACCUCCUACAAGUCCUUCAGCCACGUCCAGGUGAGCGCGGACAUCGGGCUGCACAUCGGCCUGGCGGGGGUGAACGUCACGCUCCGGGGAAACCCAGUGAACCAGAUCAACGAGACCAUCAACUACAACGAGCACUUUCCCUGGAGCUUCGGGGCGGAUUAUGACCGCAGCUACAGCGAGGGGCUGGAGAAGGGGCUGCCCAGCCCCAUCCUGUACGUGGCAGAGAAGUUCAGCACGCAGAGCCCCUGCGCCGUGCACAGGCAGUACCGCAUCGCCGGCCACUACGCCUCAGCCACGCUCUGGCUGGCCUUUUGCACAUGGCUCAUUUCCAUCCUGCUCUUCUCCAUGUCCAUCCUGCUCUAUGGUGGCCACAUGCUUCUGCUCACAGCUGCUCUGAUCUUCUUCUCACUGCUCUUCUUCUCCACCACAAGAAACACCCCGAAGUGCCCCAUCCAGUUUGGCUUGGUGUCCUUGAGAACAGGCUAUGGUGAAUCCUUUUGGCUCACAUUAGCAGCAGGGCUGCUGUGCCUGCUCCUGGGGCUGGCCAUCGCCGUUCUCAACGCUGUGCAGCCAGAGAGGCUGAAGCUCAUCUUUAGCCUGGACAAGAGCAGCGAAGAGGAGGUGUGGGACAAGUCCUGCCUGCCAGCUGAGCCCAGCUGCUCUGCACAGGAUGGGCUCAUGGUGCCCCUCGGCGAGCUCUGCCACGUGACAGGCACCAAGCUCUGAGGCAGGGCGAGAGAUGCUGCUCCCGAAUUCACCAAAUCCACCAGGAGCCCAGGUGGGAAGAGACGUGACAAGAACCAAGUGAUGAGAAUACCCAGAUCUGAAAAAGUGUCUCACAUACAAGAGUUUACUUUUUUUUUUUUUCUUCUCUCUGUUUUACUGCCCUCCCCCUCGGUCCAUCCCAACAAAC